UCACCCUCAGGACCCGUCAGUGAGCUGUUAACGACCAGCAGUAACGGUGGGGACCGUCAGGCGCCGGGGAGGUCACGGAGGGUGUGGAGCUGGAUGUAUGAGACAGCUUCAUGGGCGUGAAGGACCAUCUGAAGGAUGGGACAGGCCACAUCCUCAGCCUGGGGCUGGAUCUGGACUACCUCCAUGUGGAUGGUGCUGAGCGGCAGGUUGACCUGAGCACCGUGACGGGUGCUGGGAACUUAGGGGUCAAAGCCGACGCCCCGAGUGACAGCAGUAUCGGUAGCAGUAGCACAAGUUUUAGUACAAACUCAGGAUACAGCAGCAGCAGCAGCUGCAGUAAUUUCUCUGACAGCGAUGAUGAACGGCUCCAGAAUGGGUCUGAACCUCAAAACCUACAGCAAGACCAGCCUCGCCUGCACCACCAAGACAUCUCUGCAGUCCUUCAGACAGUCAGGCUGGACCUGGCACCAAACCAAGACCCCCCACAGCCAAAAACAUCACCUCCCGCCGACCCCGUCACAGACUAUCGCACCAAGGUGGAGUUUGCCCUCAAGCUAGGCUACUCCGAGGAGCUGGUGCUGCUGGUGCUGAGGAAACUGGGCCCAGACGCGCUCAUCAACGACAUCCUGGGCGAGCUGGUCAAACUGGGACCCAAGUCAGAGAUGGAGCAACAAGGAGGUCCCACUGUUUCCCAGUCUCCCUCUUUGUCCUCCUCUCUGGCCUGCUCUUUCUCCACCAAUUCCAGCUCGUCUCUGGACUCCUGCAGGCUGCCGUGUCCAUCCCCGCUGCUGGAGGACAAAGAAAACCUUCGUCCCGUCGUGGUGGACGGAAGCAACGUGGCCAUGAGUCAUGGAAAUAAGGAGGUGUUCUCCUGUCAAGGCAUCCAGCUUGCUGUUGAUUGGUUCUUGGAGCGAGGUCAUCGUGACAUCACUGUUUUCGUCCCCGCCUGGAGGAAGGAGCAGUCACGUCCCGAUGCACUCAUCUCAGACCAAGAGAUUCUACGGAGACUAGAGAAAGAGAAGAUCCUGGUCUUUACUCCAUCUCGCCGUGUGCAGGGACGUCGCGUGGUUUGCUAUGAUGACCGAUUCAUCGUCAAACUGGCCUUUGAGUCAGACGGCAUCAUCGUGUCCAACGACAACUACCGCGACCUUGCCAACGAGAAGCCGGAGUGGAAGAAGUUCAUAGACGAGCGUCUGCUGAUGUACUCCUUUGUAAACGACAAGUUCAUGCCACCAGAUGACCCUCUGGGACGCCAUGGACCCAGUCUAGAGAACUUCCUGAGGAAGAGGCCCAUUAUUCCUGACCAGAGGAAGCAGCCGUGUCCUUACGGGAAGAAGUGCACAUAUGGCCACAAGUGCAAGUUUUACCACCCUGAGAGGGGCAGCCAGCCCCAACGUGCCGUGGCUGACGAGCUCCGUGCCAGCGCCAAAAUGUCAUCAGUAGCUUCUCGAGGCCUGCUGGAUGACGCCCUGCUGGUGCAGAGCCAAAGUUCUGGUCAACAGGAAGGAAUGGCCGAGCCGAGUCACGGCACUCCAAAGAAACAGCCGAGCCCUCGGAUCUCCUUCUCUGACUUCCUGGAGGACCGCCUUCGGAUCCAAUCCAAAGUCGAGGGACGGAGGGGGAGCAACAGCAGCAGCAGCAGCAGCGGCUGCAGCAGCAGCUUUUUAGGGUAUCCUGCUCCAGGGGGGCCGCCCUCAUCAGGAAGCUUCGACCGGUGGGAGCACGCUGAAAGAAGCGGUGGAGCCGGCUCCAGGGCUGCUGCCCCGUCUGGACCGAGCCAGGCUGAAACCUACCACAGGUGUGAGUCUCCGGAGCUGGGGUACAGCUCAUUGGUGAAGACCUACUCCAGCCUCAGUCUGGUGGUGCCGCAGAGUCCAGAUUUCUUCUCCCCGGCUGAUCUGCGAGGAUCGCUGCUGUCAGACUGUAGCAGUGAAGGCAGCGUCAGCUCGGAAUCCUUCUCCCCCGACCCUUUGUUAGACGACGGCCAUAAAUGCCACCACCACCACCUCCACCAUCCUCACCCCCACCACCACUGCUCUGGGCAGCAGUACGCCCACCCAGUAACCCGUGCUCCUCCUGGGCUGAGUCAGCACGCUCCUCAUGGCUAUCCUGUCCCUCAAACACUGCGUCGACCACACGGUUUUGGCUUGGAUGACCCUCCAUCUUCUGUUCCCUCCCGGGCAUCUCCACUCCCUUUCAAGUCCCCUUCAGCCUACAUCCCGCCCCACCUUCAGCACCCACUGCUGAGUAGUUUCCCACCACGUCCACCCCAAACAUCCACUCCUCACUCCCACUCUCAAAACUCACCGCUUCGCCACAACCUAAUGGGCUCCCUCUGGCAGGAUGGCGGUCUCCAGGACUCCAAAGUGUACAAAGGAUCGCCGCUUCAUCCCCGAAGAAAUCACGCUGCGCCUAACCAACAACCACAGUAUCAGAUUAACUGGGACGGCCAUUACCAGCAGUCCCCUAAGCCCUGUUAUGAUCCGUACGCCUUCCAGACCCUCCCCGAAGUCCGUGAGAAGGCUUGGCACACUCAGUGGGGCAGGCAAGCCCAUUCUUCCCCCCACGGCCUUUCAGCAUCAAGUCUCCCGCAGAUUUCCCUCCCGUCCAUAACCACCCACAGCCUCCCCUCGGUGCCUCAGCACCAGGAGCCCCCCGCCUUGGGUCGCUACCAGGACCUCAGAGAGAGGGUGUUCGUUAACUUGUGCCGCAUCUUCCCCGCGGAUGUGGUGAGGAUGGUGAUGACCAGGAACCCUCACAUGGUGGAUGCUCAGGAGCUCGCGGCCGCAAUUCUGAUGGAAAAGUCGCAGCGCGGCUCCUAAAGGUGAAGUUAGAGCUUCACUUCUGCAGGUUUAUUCCUUGCAAUCGUCUGAAUUAUCAAAGUCAGGUUGGACAUACAGAAACCAAAAGCUCCUUAAGCUGUUAGUGGACUGCUUAAUGUCACUGCAGGGAAGUUGUCUCAUUAUUUUUAAUGGUAUUUUUGUAAAGGGAAAUCUCCAUAUUGCCAUAUUUUUCUAUAAAUAUGUUUGCUAUUUCAGCACUUAUAAGAUCAGGGACGGUUGGGGUUUAAUAUGCAUGUUUGAGCAUGUUUUCUUUUUUGUGAGGCGAGACACCAGAGUGCUUAAGGAGGCUUUUUUAUGACAGUGUUGUUUAUUUUUAAAUUAAUUUAUUUGUAAUAUUUUAAGUUAUUUACAUUUUUUAAAAAAUGUAACCUGUUUUUGGCACUUUUUUGUUAUUGCUGUGUUUUCUGCUCAGCUUCUAUUUUCUUUUUCUUUUUUUCUUCUUUUUUUUUUGGCAAUCAUAUCAGGGUAUAAAUACAGCUUGAAUUCAUACUUUCCAUUGGAGUGAAAUACUUCAGUUUUCCAGUGACUGAUAUGAUGACAGCGUGGGGUAUGUAAAAGAAUAUAUUCAAUCGUAAAAAUUACAUUGCAAAUGUGUUCACGUAUUUACCGCUAGAAUUAGCUCAACGGACGGAUCAAGGGUUUCUUUCUAUACCAGCAGCUGGCCCAUGAGAUGUUGUGGUAAGAUUUGUGGAUUUCCCCCCAGAGGGAAGUGAAACUGAAGCGGCACCGAUAAAAGAAGAUAGCAAAAACUCCACUUGAAAGCCCCGAGCUGUUGUUCACUUUGAAUAAGAGUUUAUUUCCUCUGCUAGGAUAGCCCUGUCAGCUUUCAGUACUGGUUUUAUUUAAACACAUCCUUUGUUCUUUGCCAUCUUUUAACCAUAUCAAGAAUUCUGAAUCAUGUGAAGGUGGCUGCACCAGAAAUGUUAUUUUUAAUUUUAAUUUAAAAUAUGUGUUAAUUUAUUACCUUUUUAUGUGUGUGAAUGUCUGUCUUUACAUGAGACACAGGGUCUCCUGAGUUAGUGGAGGGUUUAGCUGCCUCAUACAGGGUAUAAACUCUUCUGUUAGAUCCACAGCUUUGCAGUAAAAGACAGGAACAGAAUUCUGAGAGUCGGGAAACUCCUUCUGAAAAAGGAAAACAAUCCCACAGAGUUUGUUCCCAGACACAACAGUGGGAAGCUGAUCGAUAGUAGUUUUUAGUUUUGCAAACUUUUCUCAGAGGUAUUAAUAAUCUCACUGGUUAAAUUAAAACUCAGAGGUUUAGGAAAGACACAUUUUUUCAGUCUAUCAUUUUUUAAAAUGUAUUAAUUCAUCAGUAAAUCUAUAAAAUCUCAAAAAAUAGUAAAGAAAUACGAUCAUAUUAUUUUUAUAAUUAU